AUGCCGCAGACGACGGUAUUGCCAGCCGCGAAACGAAAUCAUGAUGACAGCCUGGGCCGCUGCCGCAAACUGGCGGAUCCCAAGCUGCCAGCUGUCAGCCACGCCCAAAAGCCAUAUCGUUCGUUUGAGAGCCCUCGCAUGAUCGUGGACAAGGUAGCGACGCUGGUCGACAAGAUUUCUCAACGCAUAUCGUCUGACACGGAUGGUACCAUUCUACCUACGCCACGCUCACCGCCUGUGAUGGGAAGGUUGUCCAGGGCUAUCGAGGUUGGAACAAAGUUCAAGGAUGUAACGAUCCCGGCAUUGCGAUCCACCGCAAGAGAAGAGGCCAAUAUGUCUCGGGGUUUGACAACUCCUUGGCGAGCAGAGGCGGUUCAGCCUGGGAGCAAGGCGGCUGCAGCCGAGAGCCUGCAAAUUGACGAGGUGCCGUGCAUUUACUCCUUUCUGCGCAAACAGUUUGCCGACGUGAACUUGCACAAUCGGAGGGCUGUGACGGAGUCCGACUUGAUCUCGUUCGUCCGCUCCAGAGCAAGACAUAUGGGUCAUGUUCCCGCAGACUUCGAAGAUCUUCUUCGCGAAAGUGGCCGACGCUGCUUCCAGCAGGCCGCUGUGCGAAAGGAAGGAUUGGGUUCACUUUGGCUUGCUUCUGGUGUCUUCACCUUCAGCGCCCACGCAGCUGCUGAACAGGAUGUGGCCAUGAGCGGAAUAUUCACCCUGGUCUACACAGCUCUUGCCUGUUGCGGCUACGUCGUGAACUGGUCGCACCGACGCUUUGCAGUGCCUGCAUGCUGUACAGUAUCCUUUGAAGACGAACAGAAGCAAGCCUUCCAGCGGUGGGAGACGCAUUGGAAGAACAAGGCAUCUCAUCUGGAGUUGCUCCGCUCACAAAUGGAGGAUUUCGGUGUGACACAGGAGUACCGCGAUGCAUCUUCCACUCAACGCGUGCUGUUCGAUGCUGCGCUGGACAGCAUGAGAUAUGUGGUGGCGACAUACGGCAUCUGCUUUGACACACUUCUGGAGUAUGCUGCCGGAAUGUUGUGUUUCUCAUGUCAGCCUCACUGGCAUCACCAACUCCUUCUGGACGACUCCAGGGUGUUGCUUCUCAGGAUUGAGGAAAGCUCGAAUAAUGAGCUUUGGGACCACUGCAGCCCGUUGAGCUCUGCUGCGAAAGAGUUGGAUCAUCGGAUACAAGAUUCCAUGUUGGCUAAGCGCUUGACUUCGUCUUACAUUGAUUUCCGAAUGUUUGAUGACAGGAUCCGCCUGUCGCAGUACAUGGAGUCAGUUGGACGCAUCAUCAUGCGGGGCCCCAACGAGCAUGCUCUGAAGAAGACCUCUGAUCUGUCGGGAAGUCCGUCCAAAGUGGCGGCGCUUCGGUUAUUGAGUGAUCCACAUCCUAAACAUCAGACUAUCCAGAAUCAGAGCUCCAGCAUGCAAGGACAGUCUCGCUUCAUCUCUCCCGUGGAAGACGGCCGUAAGUCUGGCUUUGUUUUCCAUGUCUUCCCUCGAGAUCCGCUUCCUGGAAGCGGAGGGCGAAGACCUUUCAUUCUGGAAGGCUGCCUCCUGCUCCUUCUGCAGGUUGUAUAG